CCAGAGACCGUUGGAACCAAUUUUGUGGAUUUAACUCUGGACAAAAUAUUUGGUUAUACGCGGAGGAUUCCUUUUCACCAUCAUAUGGACUCCGGUGAGGGGAGAAAUGAGGAGACCGCGGUUACUGAGAAGGAAUGUCUGGGUAGCCACUGUUGGGAAGAAGUUGACUGGUAUUUAAGAAAAGGAGAAGAACAAAAGGAUGCCAGUAAAGAUGAUGAUCAGGUUGAUGAUGAGCUGCCUUGCUUUAGGUUGGAUGAGCUGUGGAAUGAAAAUGAAUUAGCCUUGACUUUGAAUGAUGAAAGCGAUCCUCCCGCCUGCCCACAGGAGCUACAUUCCUGGCAAAAGAGGAACAAGUCGUUGCAUUCUCACUACUUCAACGUGGCUGCUCCAGAAAACUGUCAGAAGAUAUCUGUGGUCCAGAGGCCGAUGCCUAGAAGCUCUCGAAUCAUAGCAGAAUCUAACGCAAAAGUAAACUCAGGUGCUCCCUUAUUUCUUGGCAACAGUCAAUCUAAUAGGCAGUUGGGGAAAUAUUCACAGCAUGCACCACCACCCCCACCCAUCCCUGGAGCAGAGGAUUUUGACUUGACAGUUUACUCUGGCUCUGCAAAGAAUACUUCUAGCAGCUAUUGGAAUGAAGGGCAACUAACUCCCACUAGCAGUGGAAAAAUGAAACAGAGUCCAAGGCCGAGAUCUCCAUCGGAGGACCCCUAUAAUGCGCUGGAGGUAGAGGAUUGGAAUAUCCUGCCUGUUUUUGCUAAAUCUGGAGGACAGAUCAACGUUUUAAGGUCGAAAAAGAAAACACAGAACGAAACCAAUCUUUCAAGCUCUCUGAGUUCAACUAGGUUUGAUACACCAUUCUUGUUAGGAAGAAGUUGUUUACACAAAGGGAAGGUGGUAGCAACCGAGGACGAGUGUACUCAGCGAUGUCAGCAAAGUCCUUGUUCUGCCUCUUUCUUCUGUUCUAAAUCUUCUGAGAGCUGUGAACAAGACUUUGAAGAGAAAGACGCCUUUGGGGGGAUUUUCAACGGAUUAUUGUAAACCGAUAAUCGAAUAUAAGAAGAUAAAAAAGGUUCGCGUAAACUGUCAAGACCGUGAAAAGGUGCGGCGAACAUCUUGUCAACAAGUAACCACGUUUCAAAGUUCUAUAAACCUUGGAGUUGGACAGUGGUAAAUUGAAUUUGAAUUUUUUUGGUUUGGUGUGAGUUUGAGUUAUUUCGCAGCCGUUUACUGAUUAAGCCUGGUUGUAUUGUAACCGGUUAUCUUUCGUAUUUUUUCAAUUCCGCCUAGAAAAAAAGAAAGUGUUUUCCUCACCAUUAUAGUAACAAACCCCAUGGGGUCUA